ACUGUAACACAGCUGCGCUUUGGGCUUGUAUAUUGUGUAAAUCUGAAAAACGUUAUUUUGGCACAGCACUCAGGACCCGCUGAGAAUCAUACACCGUUCACCAGCUGUCAUGGACAGCCCGCCGCGUGAGGAUGCCGACGUGGAGCUGCCGGCAGUAGCAGCAGCGGCGGCGACGGCGGCCGGACCGUCCGGCUGCCCGCACCGGCCAGCUACCGUCCACUCGGCCGCGUCUCCGUCCGCCGCCGCGUCCCCGGCCUCCUCCGAACGGUGCUCCGACUGUCGGGUCUCGGUGGACCGCGCCCUCCUGGUCAGCCAGUACCUGCGCGAGGCGCUGCCACCCAUCAGCUCGCCGGCGCUGCUGGUGCUGCCCAGCUUCGCGCCCAGCGGCCAGCUGGUGCUGGGCUGCGAUGCCCGGCUGCCCGGACUGCCUUACGCCCAGGGGUCGUGCGGCGGAAAGGUGUCGGGUCUGGCAGCGCGGCGGCGCGUCUCUCGGCUGGCCGUGCAGUGGCUGCGCCAGGACCGCCAGCUGCAGGCCAACCUGAUGUGGGCGGUGCGGUUCAACGACACGGACCGCGCGCGGCAGCUGAUUUCCAUGGGUUCGGACGUGAACGAGCCGGACGCGCUGGGUCGCACGCCGCUGCACGUGGCCGCCUCGCAGGGGUACAGCGACAUGGUGGAGCUGCUGCUGUCGCUUGGCGCGCGGCCCGACCCGCAGGACCGGCGCCUGAACACGCCGCUUCACCUGGCCGUCUGUACCAGCCGCUGGGCCGUCACGCAGAAGCUGCUGGCCGCCGGUGCCAGCGUCUGGUGCACCAACGGCGCCAACAUGUCCGCCCUCCAGCUGGCCAGGGGCAAGCUGAACAUGGUGCUGCGCCUCAAGGUGCAGGGCACGCUCGACUUUGACAAGCACAUCGAGGAGCUGAAGGCGGUGCACGAUCUGGUGAAGUCGGCGCUGGGCUCGUCGGCGGGCCGCACCGGUCUGGCCACCCCGGACACCGACCCGGCCAGCCUGGCCAGCGUGCUCGACCAGAUCGAGAACCUCACCAUCAGCGCGCCCUCGCUCAGCGACGUCAGCGCCGAGCUGCGCCAGAUGAGCCUGACAUCGAGCGGCAGCCAGGAGAAGACGUAGUGGCAGGGUCGGCCGCUAGGGGUACCGUCGGGAGUGCUGGAAACGGGCCUAAAGUGUUGGCUUGGCUCGAUGCGGGUCGAUGUCAGGUGUCACGAACGUAGUGCGAUGUUCUCUCGAUGUUGGACGCGCUAAGGUCAAGAGGGUGCACUACCUAGGAUCUUUCAGCUGAGUCAGCAGCGCCCGUGCGGUGUUUGCUGUGUUGUCUGCAGAAAUGCUUAUUCCAUGGAGCACAUCUGCAUACACCCAUGAGUUUCCUUGAACAGGAUCAGCUAUAAAGGGAUAAACUGGUGACAGUGUUGCAUUUUGUAAGUAAAAUUUCGUGAUAUCAGCCGUUCGAGGUAUAUGGUCCGCGUAUUGUGGCCUGCGAUCUUCUUUGUAUAAUUGGAAACUGUGUUUGUAUUGUUCGAUGUUAGCGGUGUUUUUGUCAUGUUUUAACGCAGUGGACUUCCUCGACACUCAUUUGGCGAUUGUCUGUCGCAGUAUCGCUUGACAAUCAUGUGCAGCUGCAUGUCCUGGGCCCCGUGCUGUUGGGUAAGUGGCGAUGGUGCCGUGAGUACAAAGUGUAGGCAAAGGCUCAUCGGAUUGAAAGGUGUCAAUAUUUACCAUUGGCAUGGAGCGAAGGAGCGGAUUUUUGCAAUCAAUGGGUCGUAAUUUGUUUUCAUAUUGCUUCUUGAAAUUGAAAUAAAUCUUUGGAAUAA